GUGCUAUCCAAUCCAGGACGGAAAUACAUUCGCGCUCAUUAACUUGCAGGCGGGAGGCAGAGAAGAAACACUUGCCUACAAUAAUAAGAUCAUAUCUCAUCCAAUAAGUGGACAAAGCCAAAGGUCAGUGAGCUAACGUUUGAUCGAAAUUGGCUUUUUUGGAGGCCUCUCUGGACCAAAAUGGAAAGUGAAAGCAUAGAUUCAGACAGUCUCAAAGACGACUCUUCAGAUUUUGGAAGUUUGUAUGAGCCUGAGGUGAAAACCACAAAGCGAAGAAAGCAGGCUGGAACUGGGCCUCAGCCACCUAAGAGACCAAAGAAUAAUGCUGGAUUAAGAGUGACAUCUAGCCCCAACAGCAGCCCCAUCUCAAGCCCAUCAGUGCCCUCCCAGCAGCAGCAAGCUUUCUCUCAGGGGACAUCCAGAUGGGUCUCUCCUAGCAGACCUGUGAGGAAUGGGAAUGGGGAAAGCCCGGAAGUUGGUGCAAAGGACAUUUAUGAUGCCGUCUGCUCCGGAAAAAGUGCCAUGGUGACGGUGGUCGACGAGUGGCUGGACAGCUACAAACGGAGCCGAGAGGCGGGGUUGCUGGUGCUCAUCAACUUCAUUGUUCAAUCCUGCGGAUGCAGAGGCGUGGUGACCAGAGAGAUGCUCGACAGCAUGCAGAAUGCUGAGAUUAUCGGCACACUCACCAAAGAGUUUGAUGAGGAAUCGGUAACCUACCCUCUGACCACUCCAGGUCCUCAGCUAAAGCGAUUCAAAGCUGGUCUGUCUGAAUUUGCUCGGGUUCUGGUGCGCUCCUGCAGCAAUAGUCUUAUUUAUGAUGAGUACCUCUUCCCCUCCCUUCUGGCUCUGCUCACUGGCCUGUCUGACUCUCAAGUCAGAGCCUUCAGACACACCAGUACCUUGCUGGCCAUGAAGCUGAUGACAGGGUUGGUGGGAGUAGCUGUGACAGUGUUGGUUCAGCUGCAGACCACCCAGCGACGAUAUGACAUGGAGAACAGCAAAAGUCCGAGUGACAGAAGCUCUGACAGACUGCAGCAACUGAAGGAUACCGUCAGUGAGCUGCAAGAGAACAGAAUGGAGGUAGCCUCCAUGAUGAACGCCACCUUCCGCGGUGUCUUUGUGCAUCGCUACCGUGACAGGCUGCCUGAAAUCAGGGCCUUGUGCAUCGAGGAGUUGGGCCUUUGGCUGAAAUCAGACCCUGAAGACUUUCUCAACGAUGGGUGCCUUAAAUAUCUGGGAUGGAUGUUGCACGACAAGCAAAGUCCAGUGCGUCUGCAGUGUGUGCGUGCACUGCAGGGUCUGUACAAGGAGAAGGAGUUCAUUGGCCGCCUGGAGCUUUUUACUAGCAGAUUUAAAGAAAGGCUUCUCAGCAUGGUGCUGGACAAAGACCCAGACGUGGCAGUGGAAGUGGUCAAUCUGUUGCUGGUGAUCCAACAAACCACAGAAGAAGGCCUGAAGGAGGAGGAGUGCGGCCACAUCUACCCGCUGGUUUAUGCUUCCCACCGAGGGCUGGCAUCAGCAGCUGGCGCCUUCCUCUGUAACAAACUGAAAAGCGUGAUCUGUAGUGAUGCCCAGGAGAAGGAUCAUCGCAACAACUCAGCUUUUCUUCAAAUCCUCGUCUCCUUCUCCAUCCAGAGCGAGUUCCACGAGCAUGGGGCGUACCUGGUGGACAGUCUGUGGGCUGUGGCAAGCUCUGAGCUAAGAGACUGGGAGACGAUGACAGCUUUACUGCUGCAGGAUGCUGGUUUGAUUUACGAGGAGGAGGGAGUGCUUCUGGAUAUUAUGAUGUGUGCCAUCAGACAGGCAACUCAGGCCACCCCGCCUGCUGGAAGGUCUCAGAGCAAAAAGCUCCUGAGUAUAAAAGAAAAGAAGAUCCAGGAACAAGACCGGAGCCGCAUCACCACACACUUCAUCCCCAUUCUGCCUCAGCUGCUUUCCAAGUAUUCAGCUGAUGAAGGAAAAGUGAGCCUUCUGCUCAAAGCUCCUCUUUACUUUGAUCUGGAGAUGUACAGCAGCACUCAGUGGCUGGAGAAGCAUCUGGACCUGCUACUGGCUCAGAUAUGUGACAUUGUGAAGAAGCACACGGAGGCCACUGUGCUGCAGGCCUGCACCCACCUGAUCAGCACAUUAUGUUCAGACAGCUACACCUUCUCCUCCCGCGCACACCUGGUGUUCAGUCAGCUGCUGGAUGACCUGACUGAAAGUUUCAACACCUACCUGAGUGACCUGCUGCAGGGGACUGCAGAUGAGGAUGAUGUGUACAAUGCCUCCACAGCCUUGAAAAGAAUGGCUGCCUUGAGCAGUGCCAAAGACCCCACUUCCUGGAAGCUGCUUGGCUCCUGUCUUGAGUUACUGAAGAGCAGGAUUGAGUCCCUGGAUUUUGACAAAGAGCUGAUGGUGGCAGCUCUAAAGUUUGCAGGUUUUCAUUUGAUGUGGGCCAAAGUCAAUGUGGUCAGCUUCAAGCCAGCGGAGGCUGAACUGAGGCUUCUGAAGAAGGACGUGCAUUGGUUCUGUAAUAUCUGCCAGUCUUGUUUGUCUCUGGACCAGUCUGAGAUAAGAGAUCAGGCCUUUGAGCUCCUGUGUGACCUGCUGCUAUUGUACAGCACCUGCUCAGUCAGCACCGAGCCUGCCCUCAGGAGCCUGGUCCACCUGCCGUCUGACUCUCUACGUGCUGAGAUGGCUUCUUUCCUUCUGGACUAUGUCUUUAACAACACGGAGCAUUUUGAGCUGGAUGAUGUGAGUGAGGAUCAAAGGAUGACUAUUCAGAAGAAACGCAACCAGCUGGCUGGCUACUGCAAAUUGAUCAUUUAUGGUGUUUUGGACCUCACAGCAGCAACCAACGUCUUCAGGCACUAUAGCAAGCAUUUGAAAGAAUUUGGUGACAUCAUCAAGGAGCUGGUGAGCAGGAGCAAGCUCAUCAACCCCAUCCAGAGUGCCAAGAUUGUGUGCCUGAGCCUGCAGCAGCUGUUUUCAGAGAUGCUUACGGAGUGCCAAAACCAGCAGGAGAUCGCUGAGAUUAAAGAGCUGGCCAAGAAGCUCGCUCUGAGCUUUGGCAUUGAUCUUCGUCGAGUCCGCAAACCGCUGGUGGCCUUGCACACAGAUGGUAUACGGUUUGCAUUUCGGAGCAUGCAAGGAGAAGAGGGGGAGCAUCCAAAUGUGGCCUUUUUGGAAAUCCUCAGCGAGUUCAGUUUCAAGUUGCUUCUUCAAGACCGCGCCCAGCUAGCUGAGUUUGUGAAAACAGAGUGUCCGAGUGCUGCCCUCUCCUGGCCACCAGUUAAACUGUACCAGCGUUCUUUGGAGUCUCACUCCAGGACCAAAGAGCCAGGGGAGAGAGGAGGCCACAGAGUCUCCUCACACGAUACGCCUGUAGUCACAGGCAAAAAGACCACUGCUCGAGGUUCAUCAUCCAGCACAGCCAGAGGGUCCUGGUUGGAGAGCAGCAGCAUCCAUAGCCAGCUUCUCAAUCCAGCCCUCACCUCAACCGCGCAGAAACAGCCAGCCAAGUCGCCACGUUUGAACAGGCCCAGAGCUGCGCUGUCUGAUGCUGGUAGUGGUGUAACUGAGCAGGACUCAGAGGAAGAGUUCUCCAGGUCACAGAUGCCUAAUGUGAGGCCCACCAAGCAAGGAACAGCCUCUUCCUCCCAGUCUGCACCCCCUCACGAGCAGGAGGAUCUGAAUUCCCACCUCACCAUGCUUUCUCUGAUAGAGGAUGACAUUUCAGAAGAAGAGGAGCCUGAGAUUGAAGAUUAUGAAAGUGACCUGGAGUCUGGAUACACACUGCCCUCAACACGCCACACCUCUGCCAGUUUCCUGGAUGAGCUCUUUGAGUGAUGUACUGGAACGCUUCCACCAUUUUCAGAUGCCAUUUUUAUGUUAUCAGUGUUUGAAGUAUUUGCAUGAAUUGAAAUCUCAGCCACCUGUUCAUCCCUGUGACUACAUCUUUAUCUUCAUGUUAUCUGACUUGCUGCAGUUUGCCAUUAAAUGAUUGAAUUGUUAAUGUUCUGAUGAAAAGCAAAAACUGAUAUUAAAAAUGUUUAGUACAGUUAUCCGAAUGAAAGCUAAAGCUACCUAUUUUGAACACAUUUUUGCUUUGUUGAUGUGUUUUUUAUAUAAUUGUUCAUAAAAAGUGAAGUAUUAUCGGUUCGAAGUCUGUAAUAAAAUGGAAAAGCGAGUUAGUGGUGACAAUUCAUUCCAAAAUUGAUCAUCAUUUUACUCCGUUUUUGAGACACUUUUGAUGAGUGUUUCAAAGCAGCCUGUGUCUGCAUGCACUCUGCUGUUAACGUGUUGAGUUGUUUGUGUGUAACAUACAAUAAAUAACACCCAUUGUGA